AUGGGGAGGCCACAUUCAUAUGGUCAGUCAAUACAACAAGAUUUUGGCCCUCCCUACAUUGUCAAGUUAUCUAGCUUGCCGAUAACUUGUAAUGACGCUUUUAUUGAAGACUUAUUCAAGAGUAGAUAUACCCCAUUUGUUAAAUUCAAGAUAGUGAUUGAUCCUUCUUCAAAUGUAUUGGAAACUCACAUAGUUAAGAAAAUUGCGUUUGUCGAACUACAUUCUUUCCAGGACUUUUCCAAGGCUUUGAAAUGGCAGGAUCUAUAUUACAAAGCUGGCAGAAGAGUCAAUGUGGAACCGGCAGACUUCAGUGACUUCCAAUAUUGCAUAACUUUCAAUAAAGAACACGAGAAGGAACUAGAAGGUAUAGAGGAUGAAUUUCUUUCUGGCAAAACACCUCGUCACUCUCAAUAUAAGAUGUCAGAUACCCACAAGAAUAUCAAUAACAUAGGAGCUCAAAAAUCUGAUGAUCUACCUCCACUAAAAAUCCAACCGAGCAAGCCAAAAUUCAAUCCCUUCGGAUCAGCAAAGCCUGUUGAUGUACUUGCAAAGCUGCAUGAGAUUGACAAAAAAUUAAUAACUGUUAACCAUACCACAAUAAAAACAAUCGGUUCUGAAGAGAAGGAUGAAACAAGUCACCCUGAGAAGCGUAAAAUGACAAUCAAAUCUCCUAAAAAAGAUGCUGCAAACGUUGAAAAAAAUGGGCAUGUAAAGCACGACAGUGAGAACAAACGUCAACCGAUGAAUAUUUUGAAAAGAUCUACGGACAAAGCACAGAAAAUGGACGUCAGCGAGUUCAAAGAGCAUUCAAAAAAGGAACAGCAUUCUGAUAAAAUUCCAAAAGAAAUUGAUGGAAAAUCGCCUGAAGUACCACUCGAGAAAUCACAUGUCUCAGGAAAUUCUGGCAAAGAUUUAAAAGAAGCUAAUGAAACACGAGAAACUAUGAAAAAGUUUUCUCCUGCCCCUAUACCGGCGUCGAAUUAUUCAUCAAGAAGUAAUGGUUUGAGUCUCGCUCAGCUUUUAAGUUCCGACCAGGAAGGUCAUGUCGCAACAUCGCCUGGUGGGCGGAAAACUCCAAUAAAAUCGAAAUCUUCAGCACCUAAGAAAAGUGCUGCUAAACCUGUUAUUUUAAAAAAGAAAGUAACAGUGCAGCCAGCCGUUGGUGAUGAGACUGCUGAUAGCAAGGAGGAACCGAAAGAAGGGAAUGAAGCAAGUAAAGAAGAAGCACUUGUUAAUGAAAAUGGCGCAACUUUGGAAGAGAAACAGAAUAUCGCUAAGUCUGCUCCUGCAUCUUCAUCCAAUAAUGACGAAAAAGCGUCAUCAAACCCGUCUAAUGAAAACAGAAAUGUUCGUCGUUCAUCACUGCAUCCCACUGAAGAGAGACCAGACUUCAGAAAGCAUUUAAAUGAAAUAGUUAAAAGGUCAAAUGCUGCAAAAAUGAAACGCAACAACUCCAACAAUUCAUCUCAAGCGUCAUCGAGGAGUGACCAUCUCAGCAAUCGGAGGCCACAGGAAUCUGAGAGGAGAAAUAGAGGCGCCUCAAGGGAUAUGGAAUUUAAGAAAUCGUCGAAACUUGCUACGUCGAGGAUCGAAAAAUCAAAUUCAUCAACAGAUGGUGCGAAAGAAACCAAUCAGAGUCGCUCAAGUCAGCUCUCCGACUCUUCAUUGAGUCCAGAGUCUCGCUCAGCAUCUUUAGUUAAUAGAACGCCAAUUCCGAAGAAGUAUAAGCUGGAGGGGCCCAUCGAUCAAGAAAGAAAAAGUCAAAAUCAUCUAUCUCGAAACAACAGGACUGAUACAAAAAAGCGGAAUGGUUCCCAUAAUGAACUCAAAAGCAAGAAGAGUGAGAUCGCUCGUGCUCAAAAAGUCAAGCACGAGCAAGACAAGUCAACUCUUAAAAGUGCUUCGAGAGAAAGUCAGGUUAAGAAUGAGACUAAGAAAUCGAAAGGCACUGCUGAGGUUAAUAAUGAAGAUACUCCUGCGGAGCGGGGCUCAUCAAAAGAAUCUAAGGAAAGCGCCGACGGUUUCGAGAAAGACACGAAACUACCAUAUGCUAGAAUUGAUCGUGAUAUUUCUUUUUCACCUACGGGGACUGAACAUAGUAACACAUCCCCGAGUCGUGGAAGAGGAGCAACGAGAUCAAGGGGUUCAAACAAGGGCCCUACUCGAUCUUCACUCAGAGGCUCAAGAGGUAACUAUCGAGGAAAUGGUAGAAGAGGAUCUAAUUUCAACCUUCAUUAUGUUCGUAAUAAAACUGACGAUGGAAAAAUAGAUUUGCACCGAGGUGAAGAAAAAUCAAAUAAUGGUCACAAUAAACGUGAUUCUGUCGAGCCCGUUUCGAAAACUACUUAA